AUGGACACUCCAGCACCAGGCGGCAUGCCUCUCAUGUUUCGCAGGAAGAGGCGAUCGAAACGGGACAUCGACGGGGUGGUCCAGUCUUUCCAACGUGUCUACGACGUCACUCGUGCAUACGGCAACGCGAUGCGCAUUCUGACUUUACUGCGGGAGGUGAUGCAGUCACGUGUCGACCUCAUCAACGAGGCUUCGUGCAACGAUCCCGGCUGUCUGAUUGGUAAAAAAGAUGAGUCGCAAGACGGGCGCUGUAUAGUCGAUCCGUCACCUUACCUGCAGCGAGGAACGCAGAAGCUCUUGAACAACCUGGAGCAUAACCUGGUGGCCCGACAGAGCGCGGUUAGGGAGACACUGGGGAUGUUCAGCACGAUUAUGGACCGCAAGAUGGCGGGGUUCUCGUCUCAGUUGGCUGAAGACGCCCGAAAAGACAGUUCCUCAAUGACGACGAUCGCUCUCCUGACCAUGUUCUUCCUUCCAGGAUCAGUGGUAGCGUCGUUCUUCAGCACCCAUUUUAUCAGGGUCAUUGAAACCCAAACGGAGACGUCGAGCGAUGGGGAAAGCGUAGAGACAAGAACCAAGAUCAAACCCCUCCAAGUGUCGUCCACUAUCUGGGUCUAUUUCGCAGUCACCACGUUUCUUACACUGCUCGUACUGAGCGUCUGGCUGUAUCUCCAUGCCUCGAUAGAUUUGCCCAGAUUGGGUAUUAGGGGUGGAGAUGGAGGCGGAGAUCCUAGACCCUGGCAGCCAAAACGAGAAGCAAAGGCCAACGCCGACGCAAAGAGCGAGUCCCAGGUUAACAGCGAGGAAUCGGAGAAAAAGCACGGGGUGGAAGGGGACGCUCGUGUGGACGUUGUUGAAAAGCUUGAAACCUCUGAUCCAGACUGA